CUUUUUUUUUCUCUUUCUUUCUUUCUUUGUUGUACUAGCAAUAUGACCUUUAUUGUUGACCACCAGCAAUUCUUUAAAGAUUGCGUGGAUUUUACAGUGCAGCACAAUAUAGGCGUAGUAAGAAAAAAGGCAGCACGUCUUGUUUCUAUCGCUUCGCUUCAGCAAUUCGUGGAACAAAAGUAUGGAGAUCAGUGCAGUUAUUAUUUCGCAAUGUCCAAAGGACUUGAUGACUUUAUAAACAGUAGAGGAAAGAUAUACAAGUCUUUUGUUUCUUGUGGUGAUUGGAAGAGAUGGGACUUUGAGUUGAUGUACACCAAUGACUACUAUAGUGAUCCACGUUUUGCCUACCGAUAUUUUCCUGAACUUGUCGAAAAUAAGUCGAGUCAUACCCUUCUAUUUAUAUGCUAUAGCGAAGAAAAUCACCAUUCGUAUCUUGAGGAUAUUCGGUCCAAUAGGAAAAUGAUGGAGAGAGACCAAGAGUUGUCAGAAGAAAUAAUGAACCUGUAUCGUGAACUGAAGCCGACACAGGCAAUGAUCGACGACAGAAGGUCGUUGAAGAACAGGAUUCAAUAUAGGUUGAACCAAGUAUGGCCUGAUAUGGACUUGAAAGUAGCUGUUUUUGGAGUCAUGUAGGUCAUCAGCAAGCGGUCUAGUAUUCAAGGACGCAGACCUUGACUUGUGUAUUGUUGUUCCAGAAGCAAGGUAUAAGGAAGAUUGGGCACAAUAUAAAUUCAAGAUGCUCCAGUUACCAAACUCAGUUUAUAACAUGAAUUGUGUU